UAUAAAAUAUUUCAUUUCCAUUUCUAUGCAAAAUUGGGUUUAUUAUUCCUUAUUUUGUUGCUCACAUUUAUUGCUUGUGGAAAGGUUGCCUCAUUUGUCUUUUUUUUCUUUUUUUUCUGGUUUGUUUGAAAUGGGUAUAUAUAUAUUUUUUUGUUUAUCUGAUAUAUAGAGUAAUUGGUUUAAUAGGAAUAUUUGAAAGCUGAAAUUCUUGAGAGCUUUUUUGAGAAUGUAAAAGUUACAUUGUAUUUAGGUAUUUAUAUAUUGUUGUUGUGGCAAAUUCUGUGAUAUGUUUUUUUUAUAAGCUAACUUUUUUUUUUUUCAUAUGUAUCCAUUUAUCAUAUGAAGAUUGAUAGCUUUACUGCACCACAUUCAUAUUGGAAAUCUACUUAAAGGAAAGCUAGGAAAUACCUCUGUGUGAAGAGAAAGGAUAUUGAGCUAGCAAGAAGAGAAGAAAAAGAAAAAGAAAAAGAAAAAGAAAUUAGAAUAUUUGACUGAACUCUCAUGUUAUUUUGCAGUGCCAGGGGCAUAGUGUAGAAUGCCUCAGGAGGGGUUGGGGAGUAAGGCUGGCGGGAAAAAGCGGUCUGGCCUCCCACGUGUCCGUAGCCACACAGAUGCAGAGCUCCAGUAUUUUCGAGAUCAAGACCAUGAAAGCCUCCUUCCACACCCGUUCAGAGUUAGACUCAAUGAUUUAUUCCUGCACAUAGAGAAGGAGUUUGAAGCUCUGUAUGCUGAAAACCUUUCAUAUGUAGCAGACAUGAUUGUCACUGUAUAUCUUGUCACAGUUUGGCUUCUGCUUUUGUGGUGUGUAGCAGCUGGUGGCAAAAAGGAUAUUAGUAGCUCGCCUGUUCUUCAGAUUGACGUUCUGCAGGAUUGUGGUUUCCUACCCUGGGCCACUGAUCGGAUCUCUAAUGCUGGAGGUCAGAGUUCACAGAAAGUGAAAGCAGCAAACAAGCUUCGUGUUCAGACAUCCAAGAUAGUGUCAAGCUUCAAGAACGACUCUGUAUCUUGCCGAAUGGUGCGUGAGUAUGUUGGUCACCGAGACGGGGUCUGGGAUGUCGCAGUGUCCAGGGGAGGAACACCAGUCAUAGCCACAGCAUCUGCAGACCAGACAGCCUGUGUGUGGGGCAUUGAUGGAGGGAGAAAUCUGCUGCAGUACACAGGUCACAGUGGAUCAGUCAAUUCAGUCAAAUUUCACCCCACAAAAGACCUGAUCCUUACAGCAAGUGGAGACAACACAGCUCAUGUUUUCCAGGCUGCCAUCACCCCCGACCAACUGCGUGUACAUUCCUCAGAAGAUGAAGUAGAUGGCAGUGACAGAGAAGACGAAGAAGAUGGAGGCAUGAUGGGAGUACGUGGUGAUGGUGUUGGAGCUGCAACACUCCGCACUCCUUUGAGAGAGCUGACAGGACACACCAGUGUUGUUAUUGCUGCUGACUGGCUGCCAGGAGGAGACCAGGCUAUUACUGCUGCGUGGGACAGAACGUCUAAUCUUUAUGAUGCCCACACUGGGGAGUUGCUUUCACAGUUGAUAGGUCAUGACCAAGAGCUGACACAUUGCUGUUCUCAUCCUACGCAGCGGCUGGUUGUCACGGCCAGCAAAGACACAACUUUCCGGCUGUGGGAUUUCCGUGACCCAAUACACUCUGUUUCUGUCUUUCAAGGCCAUACUGAGAGUGUUACUUCUGUUUGCUUCACAAGAGAAGAUAAAGUUGUAUCAGGUUCAGAUGACCGCAGUGUAAAGGUUUGGGACGUGAAGAACAUGCGAUCUCCCCUGGCCACAAUCAGGCUAGACUCCCCAGUGAAUAGAUUGGCAGUAUCUUCUUCCAAUGUCAUUGCCAUUCCCCAUGAUAACCGUCAUGUGCGACUCUAUGACUUAUCAGGGAAUCGCCUUGCAAGGUUGCCCAGGAGUAACAGACAGUGUCACCGUCGAAUGGUGUGCAGUGUGGCUUGGGCGGAUGACAAUGUUGGAGCAAGAUGUAACCUCUUUACAGCUGGGUUUGACCGUGUUGUGUAUGGAUGGUCGAUCCACUCGUUUAAAGAAGGAAAAGAUUAAAUUCAUCAUAUUUGUUUUGUCUAUACACAUAUAUGUGUGUAUUUAUGUAAGAUGUAUACAUAUAUUUUGAUCUACUGAUAUAUGUAUAUUGUUAUAUAUUUAUGCAUAUCUCUUUGUGUAUAUCACGUUACAUGGAAUGUAUGUAUGCCAAAAAGGCAGUGUUCAUAGUUUGUAGAUUGUAAGUGUCCUCAGCAGAUACAGCCUGUAGUUCAUGAGUGUUACUUAAUGCAAAACUCGAUGUGAGGAGAUUGAUGGUUGCUACAGCAAAUGAAGCCAAAUGAUUUAUAGCUACUAUGACUUUUGGACAGCAUUAUGGAACUUUUUGGUAAGGGUAUGAUUGUGUUUGAUGGUAUAUUUGACUAACACUUUCCUCUCCUUUCUCUCCUUUGUAGUCUUUUCUCUCCUGUGCUCUCCUGUCUUUUGUCUUUUUUCUUUCCCCUCCCUCCCUGUCUCCUCUUUCCUCAUUCCCAUCUCCCUCCUCCCUCCUCCCU